UAGAAGUAAUUUUUUUAUGUUGAGAUUAUAUGACAUAUUGUCUGAAUUUUAACUUCUUGUGUGAUUGUGGUCUUAACAAGAAUUUUAUUUCCCUUGGAAACAGUAUCACUGUCGUUUUCUUUGCUAAAGAAGGUGAAGACUGUAACCUGACGCCAACAAAGGAAAACAUUUUUGCACCAGUGACAGUAAAUUUUCAACAAGGUCUGGGUCAGAAGUUCAGACAGCCUUCUGGAACGGGGAUUGACUUUUCAAUGUUUGAGGAGGCAGAGUUACUGAAAGAGGGUAACAUGGAUGUCUAUCCUCUUGCUGUGAAGGCAGAGGCAGCCCCUGCUAACCAGAAUGGAUCUGAUGGAAACUCUAUUCCUGGACCCACGAAUUCUCAGAUAACUCAGGCAGUAUUUGAGAAAGAGAAAGGUGAAUACCAGGUCAGAGUGGUGAAGCAGAUUUUGUGGGUGAAUGGUAUGAGGUAUGAGCUGCAAGAGAUAUAUGGGAUUGGGAAUUCUGUUGAAGGUGAUGUCGAUGCAAAUGACCCCGGAAAAGAAUGUGUCAUCUGCCUAUCAGAACCACGUGACACAACUGUGCUUCCCUGCCGACAUAUGUGUAUGUGCAGUGGAUGUGCAAAGGUUCUGAGGUUCCAAACAAAUCGGUGUCCAAUUUGCAGACAACCAGUUGAAAGGCUUUUGGAGAUUAAGGUCAAUGGGCCUGAGGAAUGAAAACCGCAUAUGUUGCUGGCACUAGUUUUAUGUAUAGUAGUUGCUGUCUUUCUAUAGUUUCCCCCUCUUUAAUUUCAUUUUUUUUUCCACUUAGGAAAUUUCCUGCCUUUUUAAUAAAGGCAAUGAGGUAUGGCAAGAAUGAAUUGCUGGCAUUGCGCCAGAAUUAUAUGCAAGACAGUGCCUUAUGCUUUGCAAGUGUGAGUGCUUUGAGGCAAUUCCUCAUAAUUUUUAUCAUAUGAAAUAUAAUGUAAGUUUGCUGGGUUUGCUUCAGGAAAUUUCCAAACAUUUUAAUGCUGGUUUUGUU